AUGGCCGACGAAGCAGCUCGCGCUCACGCCGCUGAAGUGGCGCGCGCUCAAGAAGAAGGAAGAGAUCCACCUCCUCCUCCUCCUAACCCUGCUGGAGAUGUGAACGCACAACCCCAAGCUGGAGCACCUACAAUCGGAGACUAUGACUCUGCCGAUGCUUUCUUCAUGGAUAGAAACCCUAUCCAUCCACCACUUCCUGCAAGGAAUGACUAUGAGAUCAAGCCUCAGAUCAUUGCAUUGGUUAGACAGAACCAAUUCAAUGGACUUCCAGCUGAGCACCCUCUUGAUCACAUAGAAAACUUUGAAGAAAUUUGCAGCACUACAAGAUCCAAUGGAGUCUCUGCUGACUACCUUAAGUGCAAGCUCUUUUCAUUCUCUCUUGGCGACAAAGCUUCAAGAUGGUUGAAGUCUCUGCCAGCUCACUCCAUCACCACUUGGGAUGAGUACAAGGCUGCAUUCAUCAACCACUUCUACACCAAACAGAGAUCAAUUUCUGUAAGGAACAAGAUCUCCACUUUCGCCAAGCCAACAAUGAAUCUUUCUAUGAGGCGCUAG